AUGACUGCCAAAAGUAUGUCCCCGUCGCACGAUGAGUUUCCCCCGCGCGUCGACCUCCUCAAGUUGAUGGCUCAGAAUCCACUUCCUCUGCUCGCCCCUGGAAUGGUAGAUCCGGCUUCAAUGGCGGAUUAUGAACCAACCAAGCAAGCUCAACUUGUCUUGGAGAAUCUGAACACCGCGCUGGCUAGGAAUGAUGCGGGGGCGCUGAAAGACUGCUUCUGGAAGGACCAGGCAUAUUGGAAGGAUCAGCUAGCACUGACGUACCACUUACGGACAUUCAAAUCACCUGGCAUAAUUGCUGCCAGUCUGUUGGAGACUAACAAGCUGGGGGUCAUCAAGGGUGAUAUAACGGUCGAUGGCGGGGCCAUAUUUAUCCAAGCGACGCCAGUGCUUGUGGGCAUGACCCGUGGAGAUAGAGCUUGGUGA